AUGUGGAUCUACCAUGCGAACAACUACCCACAUCCCCAACUGCACUCUGGUAUCCUGCUCAAUGCCCCCAUAUCGAAAACUCCCAGUGGGGUCUCUCACGAUGAGGAUGAACAGAAACCUCCUCCGGACGGAGCCAUCGGCAUAGUAAGCGUCGUGAUCGCCCUGAUGCUGCUGAACGCGCUCGGCAUCUCUGACCAAGCCGCACCCCCGCUGGAGCACUUGACUUUGCUGGGCUAUCACAACGACGGGCUGACCCGAGCCAAUGUCGCCUGCGACGAUCCACUGCUCAACUCCACCCUGGCCGUACAGCCCAGCUUUUACCUACACGACAACCACCACUGA